AUGCUGCACGACCUCUUGAUGGCCCUCGCGGGCUUUCCUGGGGACGUCUUCGUGCGUUACGAAGACCUGGGGCCCCCCGAGGCCCCUUCUGUGGGGGAGGGGGGCCCCUGGGGGGCCCCCUGCGCCCUCUGGUGGGAAAGAGAGGCCCUAGAAAGAGCAGCAGCCCCAGGGUACGAUUUGCUGCUGAUUCGGGAGUUCAUUGCUGCAGCAGAAGCAGCAACGCAGCCGCUGCUGCAGCAGGGGGGGGCCCCCUGGGGGCCCCCCCCAGGGGCCCCCUGGGGGCCCCCCCCAGGGGCCCCCAAGGGAAACGCAGCCAGGCUUGCUGCUGGGGGCGCUUUCCCCGGGCCCGCCCGCGCAGCAGCAGCAGCAGCAGCAGCAGCAGCAGCUUCCUCUUCACCUCCCCCAGCAGCAGCAGCAGCAGCAGCAGCAGCAGCAGCAGCAGCAGCAGGGGGGCUCUACACUGCAGCACUGGCUAGGGCCUCGCGGGAACUUUGUGAAGAUUAUUUGGCAGCUUUAGUUGCUGCUGAAGAUGAGCUGCUGCAGCAGCAGCAAACCCCUCUUGCUGCACUUUCCCUGGCCCUCAAAGACCAGCCCCACAAACUGCGCGUUCUCAGGCAAAUCUUGUCCCAAGCGUGGGGAAUGGCUUUGUCUGCUGCUGCUGCGGGGGCCCCCUUGCCUUGUGGGGUUUUAAUGGACUUCCUUUGGAGGGGCAGCAGCAGCGGAGACCCUUUGGCCCGCGGGGUGUACGUACACCUCAUCCGUGCAUGCGCAGCAGUCUUCACUUUCCAGCUGUCUUCGUGGCUGCUGUCGGGCCAGCUGCUGGACCCUUACGGGGGGUUCUUUAUUGUGAGGCGUUCCGUGGGGGGCCCCCCGGGGGGCCCCCAGUGCCCUUUUCGUCCCUCGGGGGCCCCCGGGGGGGGCCCCCCCGGGGGGCCCCCGGGGGCCCCCGGGGGGCCCCCCAACCUGGGGGCCCCCCUGGAGACAGAAGACCUUGGGGAGGCCCUUUCUUUGGAAGCUCUGCAGUUUGAGUGGGGAAGAUUAUUUCAAGUAUCUGUUAGGGGGGCCCCCCUUUGCUGCUUCUGCAGCAUGGGGGCCCCUGCUGCAGCAGCAGCAGCAGCAGAGGCGCGCGCAGGCGCAGCAGCAGCAGCAGCAGCAGCAGCAGCAGCAGGGGUCGUGCUGUUCGUGGGCAAAGCCGUCCGCGUGCUGCGCAGGGGGGGCAAGUGGGGGCAGCAGCAGCAGCAGCAAGUGGAGAGUCUAUUCUUCACCUUUCUUUUAGAAGGCAGCCGUCGAUUCUUGGGGGGCCCCUGGGACGAGGAAAGGGUUCACUUUGGGGGCCCCCUGGGGGGCCCCCCUGGGGGGCCCCCGGGGGGCCCCCCGGGGGGCCCCCCAGGGGGCCCCUUGACACUUCGCGUCCGGAGCCUUUGGGCUGCAGCAGCAGCGCAGGCAAACCCGACUUAUGCUGAUGCUGCUGCUGCUCCAGCCACUGCAGCAACUGCAGCAACUGCAGCAACUGCAGCAACAGCAGCAGCAGCAGCAGCAGCAGCACGAGGGGGGGCCCAAGCCCAUCAGACACCGCAGAAGCAGCAGCAAAGUAAUGCUCAAGGUGAGAAGCUGCAUUUUGCUGCAGCCCCAUUAGCCCCUAGGGGCUCCGAAGGGACCUCCAGGGGGCCCCAGAGGGGCCCCCAAGAAAGCCCUGAAAGUGCUCCAGCCACUGCAGCAACUGCAGCAACUGCAGCAACUGCAGCAACAGCAGCAGCAGCAGCAGCAGCAGCACGAGGGGGGGCCCAAGCCCAUCAGACACCGCAGAAGCAGCAGCAAAGUAAUGCUCAAGGUGAAAUCCAAAAGGCGCUGAUGCCGGUGAACCCCCAGGGGGCCCCCGGGGCCUCUGUGUGGGGCGCAGCCUUUGGGGUGGGGGCCCCUUGGGGGCCCCUCCUUGAGCCCACGCUGCAGUGCCUAGGGCUGGAGGACGGAGAAAUAGUAUUCCGGCACCCUUCGGUUUCGGGGGGCCCCAGGGGCCCCCCAGGGGCCCCGGGGGCCCCUCAGGGGGCCUCAGGGGCCCCCGGGGGGCCCCCAGGGGCCCCCCAGUGCCCUCUAGGCGCUGCGCUGCACCCUGAGAGGCAGCUAGUGCGGCACGGCUUCAAGCACGGGUUCCAGCUGCGCCUGGAGGCCCCUGGAGGGGGCCCCUGGGGGGCCCCCGGGGCCCCCGGGGGGCCCCCCGGGGGGCCCCCUGGGGGGCCUCCGGGGGGGCCCCCGGGGGGGCCCCCAAUAGGCGUAGGGGCAUGCGUGGCCCUCGUGCUGCAGAGCAAUAGGGCCCCCAUCUCCUUAAAAGAGGCCCCCUUGAUGAGGGCCCCCCAAAAUCGAAACCCUUUGCAGUGCGCGGGGGGCCCCUGUGACUUUUUCUGGCCCUCGCUAGGUGACUGCGUGGCUUUGGAAUUCCGGCUGGGCACAAUCCCUAACCCUGACGGACAAUCGGGGCCCCAUUUGGCUGUCGAAGCAGACCUCCUUAUAGGUGCAGGGGCCCUCGCCUGCCACUUUGAGCGGGGACUGCUGAAGGAGACCCCACAGAGUUCUGCUGCUUCUUUUGUCUCCGCGCUGCAGCAGCAGCAGCAGCAGCAGCAGCAGCCGCUGCUGCAGCUGCCGGCCCAUCCGUGGGCUCUGCAGCGGCACCCGCACCCACAAGAGGGGGGCCCCCCGGGGGCCCCCUUGGGGGCCCCCCAGCAAACCCUGCUGCCCCCGCCUGCUUUGCUGCUGCGGCGGGGCCUCAUAAGUUGGCCUUUAGACUCAUCUCUUGAGACGCAAGAAGUGCACAUUGACGUGGACUUCUCCCUAGAGAGGGAGCGCCUGAGGGUAACAGCAGCAAGGGGCCCCCAGCAGCAGCAGCAGAAGCAGCGGCAGCUCUCGGGGGCCCUCAGGGGCUCCGCAGGGCCCCCGCCGCUGCUGGAUAUAUCAGGCUUUGAACUCAGCAGCCUCAUCUCCCUCAGACUCGGCGCCGCCUAUGUGGGCCUUUUUUCAGUUCCUCUGAAGUACCAGCACCGGCAGCUGCAGCGCCGAGACGCCCCCCCACAAGGGCCAUGCGCCACGGUGGUCCCCCCCACGUUCGAGUCGACUGACUGGUGUAUCCGCGUACGCCGCUGGUACCACGAGUCGCAGCCGCCGCCGCUGCAGCUGCGAGGGCUGCUGCAGCAGCAGCAGCAGCAGCAGCAGCUGCCAAUAAACUCAGCAGAGGGGCCCCACGCAGGGGCCCCCAGGGCCCUCGUCGCCCGGCUGCAGCUUGACCCUAAGGGGGCCCCCUGGCCCCUCCCGCUGCUGCUGCACGAGAGUUCUGUAGAAACUUACAAUGCUUUAUUUUCUUUGCUGCUGCAGCUGCGGUCUCUACAAGUUGACCUGCAGCAGCUAUGGCUGCGCAGCUGCCUCCUGAGAAAGGUCUAUUCUAGAAGCCCUCGAAUUGCCUUUAGCGGGGGUCCCCCUGGGGGCCCCCAGGGGCCCCUCCAGGGGCCCCCCGGGGGCCCCAGGGGGCCCCCCGGGGGCCCCCUCGGGGGCCCCCUCGGGGGCCCCCAGAUGGUCUCGCGGCAUUUUUGGGCAGCCCGCGCAGAGCUGGACUUUUAUGUCUCCAACAUUUUUGCUUAUUUUCAAUAUUACGCAAUUGAUCCGGCGUUCAGUGAGGUGGAAGAAGCGGCGAGGGGGCGGAGAGACUUUGAAGAGAUUCGUCUUGUCCACGACAACUUCCUUACGCAGCUUGCCUCAAAGUGCUGGCUGCGCGUCUCUUCUCUUCUGCGGCCCCUCAUGAGGCUUCUCACUGCUGGCCGCCGCCUUGUAGAGUUGGGGGCCUUUGCCACGCGUGUCCCGCAGGGGCCCCUGGGGGCCCCCCGGGGGGCCCCCGGGGGGGCCCCCCUGGGGGCCCCCAGGGGGGGCCCCCAGGGGGCCCUCAGGGAAACCCUUUCGGGGGGGGCCCCCAGGGGGGGCCCCCAGGGGGCCCUCAGGGAAACCCUUUCGGGGGGCUCCCCUAGCGAAACCCCCAGAAAGGGGCAGCAGGAGCCAGAGCAAGUGGUUAUCUUGGGCUCCCUCGAGGGCCCCCAGUGGUCCUUCCUAGCAGAAGCGCUUUCGACUACACGGAAGGAAAUAAGAGAACAUAUAUCUCAGGUCUACACAGAAAUGUGCGCCCUCAAGCAGGGGGCCCCCCACGCGCAGCUGGGGGCCCUUGCGCUGCCCCUUGACUUCAAUGAUUUCUUAUCUCAGUUGACCCUGGGGGGCCCCCCAACCCCAAGGGGGGCCCCCUACAGGGGCCCCCCAACCCCGCGGGGCAGUGCCCGGGGGCCCCUUGAAAGUGCGCAGCAGCAGCAGCAGCAGCAGCAGCAGCAGCAGCAGCAGCAGAGUCAGCAGCGCCUGGUCACGGCAGAAGCAGCAGGGGCCCCCACUGCAGCAGCAGCAGCCAUCCUGGGGGCCCCCCGCAGCUUGACCCCCCGGGGCCCCCGACACGGGACGGACUGGGGGGCCCCUGGGGGCCCCCGGGGGCCCCCUCGGAGCGCCAGCGUGGGGGCCCCCAUCCCCAGGGAGCGAGCCGCCUCGGGGGCCCCCAUGGGGGCCCCCCAGGAGGACAAUUUGCUGCUGCACAGUUGCCGUUCUACAGAUUCUGCUGAAGAGGCUUCUUCUGAACUGCUGCAGCAAGGGGGGCCCCCCUCCUACCCCACUCAGGGGGGUCUAGGGGCCCCCGGGGGCCCCCCAGGGGGCCCUCCCGGGGGCCCCUCCGGGGGGCCCCCAGCCUUCCUUAGGAGGCCUCCUUACCUUCCUAGGGGCUUCCCUUUUGUUGACCCGUCCGCAACUUCCCCCGCAGGGGCCCCCCAGGGGCCCCCAACAGGGGCCCCCCAAGGGUACCCAACAGGGGCCCCCGAAGGGUACCCAGCAGGGGCCCCCGAAGGGUACCCAGCAGGGGCCCCCUGGGGGCCCCCAGCAGGGGCCCCCGAGGGAUGUUCAGCAGGGGGCCCCUGGGGGACCCCAAGAGGGGCCCCUUGGGGGCCCCUAGCUGGGGACCCUGGGGGCCCCCCAGGAGGGGCCCCUACGGAGUACCCUUUAGAGUACAGGGCCCUCGCUGAAAGGGCCCGCGAGGCCCUCAAUGUGGCCAGACAGAAAAUGCUGGAGAGAAGAGGGGGAGCCAGGGGGGCCCCCUGA